AUGUGUAUUAUAUUUAGUUCUCAACUGCCAUCGAACGGACUCGUUAUUAUCGCUCGAGAACAAUCUGAAGGACAAGGUAGACGUGGAACUAAUAAAUGGACAUCUCCAUUAGGUUGUGCUUUGUUUACCAUUUGUUUUGAUGUUCAUUUACAAAGUCUGUUGGGACAACGUUUAUCUUUAUUACAACUUCUAGCAAGUGUUGCUGUUUUACAAGCAAUCGAAAGAACACCUGAAUAUAAUGCGCUAAAUGUUCGAAUUAAAUGGCCAAAUGAUAUUUUCAUAGGAAAUGAUUUUACGAAAUUAGGUGGUAUUCUAGCAACAUCAUCAAUUUGUGGUAAUUUUGCCUCGAUUAAUCUUGGCAUCGGUGUGAAUGUUUUCAACACUCAACCAUCAACAUGUAUCAAUGAUUCGAUUGAUCAACAGAAACCAAUGUUGAACUUGCCUCAUUUUACAACUGAAGAAUUUAUCGGUCGAACAGUUGCUUAUUUGCAACAAUGGGUUUCCCAAUUAUCCCAAUCAAAUAUCCGACAAGCAACGAUUGCCAUACAUAAUUUUUAUCGAUUCUAUGAAUCCCAUUGGAUGCAUCAGAACCAAGAGGUCUUCGUAGACAAAUGGCAAGAAAAAGUAACGAUUAUUGGUAUCGACGAAUAUGGAUUUUUGCGAGUUCGCAAAUCGUCCAAUGGAGAAACUCUUACACUUCAUACUGAUGCUCAUAGUUUUGAUGUUCGUCAGAAUAUCAUUCGUGAAAAAGCUAUUUGA